AGAUAAAAACAUUUUCUUUGGAUCGAAUUUUUCGAUUUUAACCUAUUGUCACGAUAAUAGAAUCAGUGAUUCGGUUCCACGCCCACGGUAAGCCGGGGGCACAGGAUUCUUCCCUCUCACUGCAGCGCUCUUUGCACCUUGCACCUUGCAAUUUUCAGUUGGUUUCUCCUAAGAGGAAAGUCCAGAUCGUCAUUGCCGUUUGAAUUGCGAUCACACAUUCCACGCGCUUAGGGUUUUGGCCCACUGACAUUCUCGUACCUAAUUUUCAGUUAAUUUUUCUCCAUAAAUGGAUGCCCACCGCGCCCCUGUGUUUGAAUCACAGAUCCUCUCGUCCGCGGAUCGCAGAAGGUUUUGCGUUUCUGAUCGGUCGAGACCUGGAAUUGCGUUCUUGAAUCGGUUUUGAGAAUGGAGAAUCACGUGAAGAAGGUGUUGAUCACUUCCAAUGGCGACGAGAUUUCGCAGAACGUUGCUUAUCAUUUGGCAAAGCGCGGUUGCAGGAUAGUUUUGAUGGGGAACGAGAGCUGCCUUCGAAGUAUUGGUGAGAAAAUAAUGGGGUCUUUGAAGGGUGUGAUGCCAAUUGAAGUGGUUGGAUUGGAUAUGGAAGAGGACAGGGAGGUGAUUUUUGACGAGGCAGUGGACAAGGCAUGCAGGCUUUUGGGGAAUUUGGAUGCUUUUGUCCACUGUUACACAUACGAAGGAAAGAUGAAGGAUAUCCUGCAAUUAUCUGAAGAUGAGUUCAAAAAGACAGUGAAGAUAAAUUUCAUGGCUGCUUGGUUUCUUUUAAAAGCUGUUGGGAGAAGUAUGCAGGAUCACAAAUCGGGAGGAUCCGUUGUGUUUUUAACCUCAAUUAUUGGUGGUGAGAGAGGGAUCUACAAGGGAGCUGCUGCAUAUGGUUCAUGUUUGGCAGGAGUGGACCAGUUAGUUAGGUUGUCAGCAAUGGAUUUGGGAAAAUAUCAGAUCAGGGUUAAUGCAAUUGCUCGCGGCUUGCACCUUGGAGACGAGUACCCAAUGUCGAUGGGAAGGGAAAGGGCGGAGAAGCUGGUCAAAGAAGUCAAUCCACUCCACAGAUGGCUCGAUGUUAAAAAUGAUUUGGCCUCAACUGUAAUCUAUCUGAUUAGUGACGGUGCGCGUUACAUGACUGGGACAACCAUAUUCGUUGAUGGUGCCCAGUCUCUUGUACGGCCUAGAAUGAGAUCUUAUAUGUGAUUUUAAUUUGUGAAAGGUAUGCUGGAAUGGUAACAGGCAGGCUCUAUACACCCCCACCCCCCAGUGUUUGGAAUAAAUGAUUUGCUCUACAAAUGUGUUCAUUGUAGAAACUACACAUCUUUUGUUCGUUAAUGAUUAGCAAAUGUCAGUCACAUCUUUUGGUA